UCGUGAUUGCGUUUGUCCUACAGCCCUAACGGCCUCACGUCGUAUGCGAACGAGCCGGCUAAUCCUGAUACGACUGACAGCACACAGGGAAGCCAUAUAUUCAUAUUACUUUGCUCAUACUGACUUUCCAUGACUGUACAACAUUAUGGUAGAUCUCUGAGUGCUCGUAAAAGGAAAUAAUGCCAAUAAUGAGUGACACUUUUUCAUUUGUUUUUAUCUUUUUUCUUCUUUCUUUCUUUUUUUUUUUUUUUUUUUUUUUUUUUUUUUUUUUAGUGCAAUAUAUGUAAUAGCUCGCUUUGAAAUAAUCGAUUUGAAAGACCUAUUUUUCGUGAUACCAGUAAACUUUGCGAAUCGACUUAAUAUAAAAGGAACGAAAGACUUCUUUCAUGUCAAUUAUUAAUUUCGAUAGACUUUGAUGAGUUUGCUUUUCAUUGGAUUUCAUGAUAUUACUUUUAGUUAAUUGCUUUAUUUUUGUUAUUGGCACGAUCCGUUAGCGCAAUGGCGCACGAACUAUAUAUACUUGCGACCUUUUUUCUCAGACCAUAUUUUUUUUUAAUCCGAUAUACAUUGAUAGUAAUAAUAUUAUUUUAUUAUUGCCGCGCGUAAAAUUCAUAUAAAUUUCUUAACGUCCGAUGGUAUUUAUUUGAUUCUUAAAAAGGUCUAAAAGUAUAAAUUAUUCAUUACUGCAUUAGCUUAUGCGAAAUUGUUAUAUGUUGGUGCAGUACGAGUAGAAAAUAUACGAUAAUUGGAUUAUUCAAGAUAUACUUGAAAGUUUCAUUUUAAUUUUCACGAAUAAUAGAUUCCUAAUUAUUUUUAAUUUGAUAAAUAAUUCGGUAAUUAUGAGCAUAAAAGAUUAAAAGCAUGCACGGAAUUUCGUGAUCAUUGAACGACGUUAAAAUGGAACAUGUUGACCUCAUUCGAAGAUUAAUUGCAGAAAAACGGCCUUGACUUGUCUGUACAAUCAUAAGUUACAUUUAUGGUUUGACCUGAAACAGAUGUUCCAAUUUGAUUAUUUAUUUCGUUAUAAUACAUUUUAUUUUCAUCAUAUUUUCAAAAAACAGUAAUGUUAAUUUACGAAUGACAAUAAUUAGCAAAUAUCACAAGUCAUUUUCAAAAAAUAAUAUUUACUGUUUAAACGUAUGAUAAAAGAUAUAAAUGAAAAUUGUUAUUACCUUGAAUUAAAUUCACGUGGAACAAAGUACUUUGUAAAUAAUCAUAUAAUUUUUGGUUCGGUUUUAUUAAAAAUUUAUAAGAAUUAUAAAAAUGAUAAGAAAAAGAUUAAAAUAAAUGAUAGGAUCGAUUUAUUAAAUAUUGUAUGAUCUUUUAAUAAAAUAAUAAAAAGAAAGAGUAGCGAUCGAAUAAAAUGAAAUUAUAAUUAUAUGGAAUCGUAUAUAUUGCGCGUGGUAUCGCGCUAGUUUGUUACGCUCCUGAGCAUAAGUCUCUACUAGGGGUGCUUGCCCUAUGGAUGAACGUAAGUUGGACAGUAGUCUAGUGCCCUGAAAGACGGCGAUAACGUCGGCAUACGCGAAUAGAAAGUAAAAUAUUUCGUAUAAUAGUUUAAAUGUCAUCGGAUAUUUAUAGAAUCGAAACGCAAGAUGCGGAAAGUUUCCCGGCUUGCGGAUCGCAGAACAUGGACAUUGCGAGGGCCUACAAUUACCUCUUCGAGGAGAUAGCAGAUCCCAGAGUGGCAAACUUUCCUCUGAUGCGAGAUCCGUUUCCAAUGAUGUUAAUCCUGCUUGUUUAUCUAGAGUUCGUUCUUCAUUUUGGACCUCGUUAUAUGAAACAUCGGAAACCUUACAAACUGAAGAACUUUUUGAUUGUCUAUAAUUGUCUGCUAGCGAUCGCAAGUGGAGUCACGUGCUAUGGAAUUCUAACGUCGGGUUUUACGACGAAUCUUUCUCUAGGAUGUGAACCUUGUAGUAUAUCUUAUGAUGCCGAACCUCUUAGGAUGGCUAGUUGGGUUUGGCGAGUAUUUAUAUUGAAGGUAGUCGAAUUAUGCGACACAAUCGUUUUUGUUCUUCGAAAGAAAUAUAAUCAGACAUCUUUCCUUCAUAUCUAUCAUCAUACUACGACGGUUAUAAUGGCAUGGAUGGCUUGUAAAUAUGUUCCAGGUGGCAUGUGGACUUUCAUAAUAAUACCAAAUUGUAUCGUGCACGUAUUCAUGUAUACUUAUUAUCUACUGUCUGCUCUCGGACCAGGAGUAACAGAGAAGAUUAUGCCAGUGAAAAAAUAUAUCACGAAACUACAAAUAAUACAAUUCAUUAUUAUGCUGUUGCACACAGGUCAGGCACUGAUGCCCUCUUGCGAUCCAAAUAGAAAAUUUGUUGCUUGCAUGUAUACGAUGCAAGUAGUUAUAAUGUUAUACAUGUUCUGGGGAUUUUAUAAAAAGUCUUAUAUAAAAAAGAAGCUGGAGUGAGAGAUCUUCGAUGAUCGAAUGAAUAAAAUAUAAGGUCAUUAGAAAUUUCUUACGUGGGAUAAUAGGUGGAUUUUACAUCUAUAUUAAUAUUUAUAUAUCGCAUAAGGAUAAUCAUAUUUUUAUAUAUGAUUUAUAAUUAAACGCAUUUUUUUUGCGUUUUUUUCAAAAAUAUAUAAGACUAUUCGUAAUAAUUAUUAUAUAAUAA